AUGGCUCCACCGAAAAAUUUGACGAAAAAAUCGAAAACUGCUCUCCGAGAAUUCAUUCGACAGGAAUAUCCAAAGAAAACUCCAAUUUUCGAGGCAUUCAAAUCAUUUUGUGAUUUGGCUGGAAAAAAGCUGGAAUCCGGACGCAAUAUCUCUUGGGGACAUGUCGGCGCAGAUUACACAUAGAAUUGUGAACAACCUGGAUCAUUUCGAGCGUCUCGUGCUGCGAAACGUCUCCCGACCCCUGCGCCACGUCAUAGAUCACUCAAAUUUCAAUUUCGAACAAAUCAAAUUUGACAUUGGUGAAUACUCGUUGAGAACCAGUUUCAAGAAGAAAUACGAUCCGAAUAGCGGAGAUUUCGAUUAUGACACGUACGCAGUCCACCGGGAGUACACUAAUGACGUCGUCGAGGACGAAUUCGGAGAAAUUGACGAACGAGCCAGGGAUGAGGCUGGAAUGAAGAAGCUGCUGCAGCACAUGUCUGGAAUUUUGAAAAAUUCGAAAAUCCGAUUGGAGCUGCUUUUUGUGAAUUCACAAGGAAACAAAAUGGCCGGCGAUAUGUUGAAAAAUGCGUUCAAAAAGAAGAUUUUCAAGCUGUCCCAGCUAAUCCAGACGAAGAGACUCAGAAUGUCAGAACUCGAUAUAAUUGGAGUAUUUUCUGUAAUUUCUCUGUGUGAACCUGGAACACUCGAAGAAAUUGAAAUUUUUCUCUGAAAUGGUUCAGCGAAUAUUUCUUCAGUAACUAAUCUCGAACACUGGAAGAAAGGAAAAUCGAUUAAAUUGGAUGCGUUUUGAAAAGUGAUUUGUCCAAUUGAAAAUCUCAUUCAUCUUUCUCGUUUCAACGUUCUAGUUCACGAUUUUACAAUUGAAGAUGCUAUUUAUGUCAGAGAUAUUCUCCUCGAAUGCCCACACUUUGAGUCAGGAACCUUCAAGUAUCAAGUAAUUUUGAGCGAAAUCAAGGAUUAUUUGCAACUCUUCGAGCCGAAUAAUAUUGUGGAUUGGCUUCAAUCCAGUGUAAUCUACGAAACGACUGCAGGCACAAAGUUCCAAGUCAGAAUCGAUAUGGAUCGAAAAGUUAAAUUCACGAAAAUCAAUUUAAAUCGAAAUAAAGUUGAUUUUUAUGUUGUUAUGUUGAGUGUUUCUCGUUUAAUUUUGUGUUAA